GGAGACCACCCACUCGACGACAAUAUGAGCUCCAAUAUAGGCUUUUUGGAAGUUCGAUCGAAAGGCCGAUCUAGACUAUACCUGUGAUGCUAAGGUGACGUGGCCUGAGGCUUAGACUGAACCCGACUCACAGUGUUGGGGUAGGACUGGCCACGCAACACAUUGCUUUCAUAGCUGUCUUAGGAGGCUGAGCAUGAAGUAUAAAAUCCGGGAUUUCGGAUGUUACAAGUUGGACGCUUGAGGAAGACUAGCAUGUGCGUUCCAACCCUCACAUACAAUCAAAAGCAGCUACAAUGAAAGAGCUACAAUAUCUCUUCGUUUUUAUCCUCAUGCAGCUCCGGCUUGCUGGUGCCCAGGAUAGUACAGCUACCAGCGAUACUUCUGGGUCUACUACAAGUUCAUCAAUGGGCACCUCGAGCCCGUCAGCUGUACAAACAGUUGAUGUUGGUGAACAUGGCUUCCGUUUCGACCCUGAUACUCUUAAAGUUGCUCCAGGCGGCAAAGUCGAGUUCCAUUUCUAUCCCGGUAACCAUUCAGUGGCGCAGGCCUCUUUUAACCAGCCAUGUCACCCUAUGAAUGAUAGCAGCAUUUUCUCUGGAUUUAUAGCACCAACUACUGGUGAAUCGGACACUGUCUUUACGGUCACUGUGAAUGACACGAAUCCUAUUUGGUACUACUGUGGUCAGAUUGGCCAUUGUCAGGCAGGUAUGGUUGGGGUUAUAAACCCACCGGCCUCCGGCUCAGACACUUUGGAAGCAUUUAAAUCGGCAGCUUCGAAUGCAAAUGGAGAUAGCGUGCCAUCCAGGGUCCAAGGUGGCACUCUCAGUACAUCGAGCCCCAAAUCGUCCUCGACCUCUACCAGCGAGACGAGCACAAGCACUCACAGCAACACAGCCACCACGAGCGCGUCACCCACUACCACUAAUAGCCCAAGCCCUACCGCUACUAACAUUGCAGGGAACCUACAAGCUUCGACCGAUUCAAGCAUUGUCUUCAUUUUGACUUUAGUAGCCUUUGUUUUGUUUAUGUAGAUUCAGCGAAGCUUGAGGGGUAUGUUGUUGAGAGCUUAGGUCUGCCUAUUCACUAUUAAGUGGCACUUUUGGUGUAUCUACGCUGAGGUACGCUUCGUUUGAUUGUCAUCAGAGAUCAAGGCCCUACAAGCCUGCGAUAUGUUGGCUACAGCCUCGUUUAAGCGAUUCUUUUAUGUCGGUCCAU